AUGAUAAUAACAAAAGUUGGUAAACAUGUACUUUCAAAAUCAGUUUUGUUUAAUGCAAGACGUUUAGGCUCUUUGUCUACAUUACAAAGACAAAAGAAACCUCUUAUAAAACUUACAAAACAACAAAGCCAAGCGGAGCAAUAUCUCCGUCAAUUUUCAUCAGUUGAAUCUCAAAAAUUUGCUGUAAUAAAAGUUGGUGGUGCAGUUAUUUCUGAUGAAUUAGAUUCACUUGCUUCUUCACUUUCAUUUUUAAAUCGUGUUGGAUUAUAUCCAAUUGUAUUACAUGGUGGUGGUCCACAAUUAAAUAUAGAAUUAGAAAAAGCUGCUAUAAAACCUAAUUAUGUUAAUGGUAUUAGAGUAACUGAUGCAAAAACUCUUGAAGUUGCAAGAUCUGUAUUUGUACAAGAAAAUCUUAAAUUAGUUGAAGCUUUGGAAAAAUUAGGAACUCGUGCUCGACCUAUUACAGGUGGUGUAUUUAUCGCUGAUUAUUUAGAUCGUGAACAGUAUGGUUAUGUUGGAAAUGUCACUGGUAUAAAUAAAAACGUUGUAAAUGCUAGUAUUCGAGCUGGUGCGUUACCUAUCCUAACAAGCUUAGCUGAAACUCCUUCUGGACAAAUAUUAAACGUAAAUGCUGAUGUGGCUGCUGGAGAAUUAGCAAAGGCAUUAGAACCAUUAAAAAUUAUUUAUCUCAAUGAAAAAGGUGGACUUAUGAAUGGCGAGACUGGAAAAAAAAUUGAUGUUAUAAAUCUUGAUGAGGAAUAUGAUCAUUAUAUGGCACAACCAUGGGUCAAAUAUGGAACACGAUUGAAGUUGAAAGAGAUCAAAGAACUUCUUGAUUAUCUACCUCGAUCAUCGUCUGUAGCUAUCACAGCCGUAGGACAGCUCCCAAAGGAGCUAUUCACAGAUAGUGGUGCUGGUACUCUAAUUCGUCGCGGUUAUCGUCUCUUUAAGUUCAACUCAUUGGACGAAAUGGAUAAAAAUAAAUUGCAAAGAAUGUUAGAUAUGAAUUCUGAAUUUAUGUCAAAGCUUUACAAAAAAUCUUAUAAAGUUUACAGUGAUGAACCCUAUGAUGUCUUAGCAAUUGUAACCCAAGAAAAGGUUGUUUCGAAUGAUAUUCCAUUCCUUGAAAAAUUCAUUGCUACAAAAAAUAGUAUGUUCAGUAAUGUAAUAGAUAAUAUAUGGAAUAGUAUCCAAAAGGACAAUCCUCGAUUACUUUGGGCUAUCGAUGACCGUGAUGAAAACAAAUCUUGGCAUUUUGCUAGAGCUGAUGGUAGUUAUACAAUAAAUGACAAAAUAUUGUUUUGGUAUGGUUUAGAUGUUGAAGAAGUUUCCGUCGCGGUUAAAAAUUUUGUUGCCACGUUAUCUAACGAAGAAACAACUCGAUCAUCAUCUACGGGUCGAGCAUUCACUAAUGUCUCCAGAAAUUUUUCCACUUUAGCACGAUAUAAUAAUACGUUUUCGGCUUCAAAUUUAUUGCGUCGUCAAUAUUCUACCUCUACAGCAUCAUCAAAAGUUGCUCUUAUUGGUGCACGUGGCUACACUGGCCAGAAUUUUAUAUCAUUGUUAAAUAAUCAUCCAUAUCUUUCAUUAUCUCACGUAUCUUCUCGAGAAUUGGAAGGUAAAGAGCUCUCUGGUUAUACUAAAGAAAAGAUCACAUAUGUUAACUUGAAAGCGGAACAAUUAAAACAAAUGCAGAAAAAUGGUGAAAUCGAUUGUUGGGUCAUGGCUUUGCCAAACGGUGUUUGUAUGCCAUUUGUACAGGCUGUCAAUGAAGCUCAAUCCAACAAAAGUUUAAUUAUAGAUCUUAGUGCCGAUUAUAGAUUCAACGAUGAAUGGACAUACGGUUUACCUGAACUCAAAAAUCGUGAACUCUUGCGUAAGGCCACAAGAAUCUCAAAUCCUGGAUGUUACGCUACUGGAUCUCAACUUGCCAUAGCUCCAUUAUUACCAUUCAUAUCAGAAACACCUACUGUUUUUGGAGUUUCUGGUUAUUCUGGUGCUGGAACCAAACCAUCACCUAAAAAUGAUCCCAAAUUUCUCGAGAAUAACAUGAUUCCAUAUUCACUUACGGAUCAUAUUCAUGAACGAGAAAUCUCGUACCAUUUAGGAAAACCCGUAAAUUUUAUCCCACACGUUGCACCUUUCUUUCAGGGAAUCACCUUGACUGUCAACAUUCCCCUCACCAAAACUUUCAAAUCUGCAGAAAUACGCGAGUUAUAUAAUGAAAAAUAUGCUGGAGAAAAACUUGUCAAAGUUGUAGAUGAUGUACCACUUGUAAAGGAUAUUUCUACAAAACACAAUGUGAAUAUCGGUGGAUUCGGUGUACAUUCAUCAGGUAAAAGAGUUGUAAUCGUAGCAACUAUUGAUAACUUAUUGAAAGGAGCUGCUACUCAAGCUUUACAGAAUAUUAACCUCGCCCUCGGAUAUGAUGAAUACGAAGGUAUUCCUCUGGAAUAA